AAGUCCAACUGGAUUCAAACCUUUGCGUUACUUCGGUUUGUAAGGACAAUGCAGGUUGUCGAUCCAGAAAUCAAUUCACAGGAAUCACUUGAUGAUAAUAUCGUCAUAAAUUCAACGUCUUCCAGCAGUGAUGAUGAUAUUUUCUCUCCUAUUGUUAAUUCUCUGAAUUCGUUCAACCUUCAACCAAAGGAUGGAGACUACAGCAAGUUCAAGAAGCAGCUUGAAUGUGACCUACGAAUUGGCAGUGCCUAUCAUAUUGGAACUUCAGUCAACCCAUUAUUCAAUCUUUCGAGUUCGUGUAUUCAAAAUAAUGAUGGUACGGGUACCAGAUCUCGAGCGUUUAUGAGGCAUCCAUUUAAUUUGUUAUUGGCUCGUGAGCAAGGAGAUAUUGGCCCAUCGUCAAAGUCACGAAGAUUACGUUAUAGGGCAUCUCGUUGGACAACUGAAGGCAGUCAAAGGUUUGAUGGUUUGCAAAUAUAUGGAUGCCGAAGUAAAGGAGCUCUUUAUCCUGAUGCUCAGACCUUUCAAGAAAGUGUUCAGGGUAGUCUUUGGGCUGUCACGCGGUUACAUUUGGAAAACAAGUUUGAGUGCCAUCGUGGCUGUGUUAAUGCUUUAAAUUUUAAUUCAAGAGGAAAUUUAAUUGCUUCCGGUUCUGAUGAUUUAAAAGUUGUUGUUACAAAUUGGAUUACUGGUGAACAAGCUUGGAGUUAUCGUACUGGACAUUGUAUGAACAUAUUUCAUGUGAAAUUUAUUCCAGAAUCAAAUGAUUUACAAAUUGUCUCAUGUGCAUGUGAUUCAGAAGUUAGACUAGCCCAGCUUUCACCUACCGGUGGUUUAGCAUGCCCAACUCGACUAUUAGUAAAGCAUAGUCGAGCAUGUCACAAAUUAUCUAUUCCUAAUGGUGAAUCAAAUAUUGUCCUGUCAGCCGGUGCCGAUGGACAAGUCUUUUCAACAGACUUAAGAAUUCCCAAGGCUCACAAAUUACUGUGGUUACCAUUCUCUGAAUUUUUCUCGAUUUCAUCUAAUCCGGUACGUCCACAUGAAUUCGCGUUAUGCGGCAGAUCUGAAUCCAUUGUGCGGAUUUACGAUCGUCGUAAAAUCGACAAACGAGAUCCAAAUAGUGGACUUCUACAUACUAUUGGUGCAGAUCACCUACGCGGAGAUAGACGUCCGUCAAAUGAGAAUGGAGUAGUUCAAGUAAAUCAUCGAUUAGUUAAUUCAUGUCGGAGCCGUUUCCAUUCGUCAAUUAGUUCAGAUUCAGACUCGGAUUCAGACUCGGAUUCCAAUCAUUUGUUAAAUUCUCUAUCUGUACAACUUGGUCGUCGAAUUCGCGCUGUACUAAAUGGUCUACGAGGUCGAGCUCGUGCAGCUUUAUUAAUGGGAAACAAUGACGACAGUCUUCGUACUGAUCCUCCUUAUAAUUUUGAAGUUACAAAGUAUAGUGUUACGGCUGCUGUAUACAGUGCUCAGGGUGAUGCUAUCCUCUUGUCAUAUAAUGAUGAAAACAUCUACUUGUUUGAUAUUAAUCAACCGACCAAACCAUAUUUACAUAAAUAUUCUGGACAUCGUAAUAUGCAAACAAUUGUUGGUGCUACAUUUUUUGGACCAAAUAGUGAAUAUGUUGUCAGUGGCAGCGAUGAUGGCUACUUUUAUUUAUGGGAUCGUGAAUCAGAAGGAAUUAUUCAAUGGCUUCAUGCAGAUAUUGAUGGGGCAGUGAAUGUAAUCGAAUCUCAUCCUACCUUACCGGUUCUAGCUUCAGCUGGUCUAGAUUAUGAUUUUAAGAUUUGGACACCAUUGUGUCCACUUUUUGCUGAACAAGAUGAAACAAUUAAUCAUUUAAAGUAUGCAUCAACAAAAGUUCAUUCAGACGUUCUUCGACUUAGACAUUCUCGUUUAGCGAAAGCAUUUUUCCCAGAUACUACUGCUAUCAAUGAUAAUAAUAAUAAUAAUAAUAAUAAUAAUAAUAAUAAUAAUAAUACUGAAAUGGAAUCUCAUCAAUCUUUACCAAAAAAAUCAGGUGUAGACUUAAUCUCUUUGGAUUCAUCAGAUUCCUCUUCGUCAUCAUCAUCAUCAUCAAUAUUAAAUGACAGCAUGUACAUUUCUUCUACUAAUAAUCAUAUCACAACAUCAGAUGAUAUUCAUCAGUCGUUAACAAUUGAAACAAAAGCUGACAAUUAUUCAAUAACUGAUGUAAAUUCAUCACUUGUAAUUGGCUUAUCAAGGAAAAGACGUCAUCCGAAUACCUUCAACGGAUCAUCAUCAAAUGAAGUUCAUGUGCAAAAAAACAAUGAAUAUUUACAUCAUAGUUUUAAUAACAUGAAUGAUAUAACUCAACAAGAAAAUAAUACAACCAGCAUCAUGAAUUCAUUUGAUUGUCAUCCAAGUAAACAACCAAAACGGUCAUCAUUUUGUUCAAAUUCAUUUACUAUUUCUUCUUCUUCUAAUACUACUACUACUGCUGCUAUAUCUGAAUGUGAUGUUAAAAUAAUUCCAAAUAAUGAACAACCUACACCAUCGUCAACUAUGAAACAAAAUUCCUCCGACAUUAUCGAAUGUUCUUCUAUAUCGAAUAAAAUUAUUAAAGAUUAUCAAAAUACCAAAAUAAAUUCUACAAUAUUAAAUAAUGAUAAAAUUCAACCACGUUUACCUCAACAAUUUUUACCAUUCAAUCAAAUUGAUUUACAAUUGCGAGUUGCUCAAAAUUGGGUGAAUCGAGCUUGUGAAAGUAGCCAGAUAGAUGGUUUGGAUGAAGCAAAUUUUCGAAUUCUAUCUGCUAUCGAAUCUGUCACUCAAAUACGUACUCGUAGAAGACGUGGAUCCAACAGUAAUAGUAAUGAUGAUGACGAUGAUCAUGAUGACAUAGUUGAUGAUAAUGACGAUUUGGAAUCAAAUAGCAGUAGUAGUAGUAGUAGUUCCAGUCAGUCAAAUCAUUCACGUGGUGGUAUUGAUAUUGUUCGAUCUGUUCUUGCGCUUGGACGAUGUGGAAGUGGUAGUGGUGCUAAACGAAGUGAAGAGACUUUAGCCUCAAGAGAUCGUGAAGAAGGUUCAAAUGAACAUAGUUCGGAUGAAUGUGGUAUUUCAUCAAGAAUAUCUAGUUUUUUAGCAAAAGAACUCCGUUAUCCUCAUGAUACCUCUUCAGACUCAGAAACUACUUCUUGCUCUUCUUCUUCAUCAUCGUCAUCCCCGUCUUCCUCAGAUUCUUCGUCAUCACCUUCGUCGUCGUCAUCCACUUCAUCAUAAAAGCAUCGAGUGCCUUCAUAUCCGUAUCUUCCCAUUCUACUAUUCCUUCAGUGCAAAAUUCUCUUGUUAUGUAAAUUAUGAUUUAUAGUAAUAAUUAUUAUUACGGUACCAUUUUUAUUGUAAAGCAUUUCAUGUGUUUAUUUCGCCUCUGUACCCCGCCUUUCAGAACUAGCUCACCCUCUCAUAAUGAUUAAUCACCUAAAUAAACACAUAUACACACACACUCUCAUUACAACAUUAGCAGAUGUUAUCGUCGGCAUCAACAUUACCAUUGGAAGCAGCGAACAAAAUACAUAAGAAAUCUAACCAGAAAAAGUAAAAAAUAAACUAAAGUAAACUCUCUUUCUGUGUGUGUAUGUGUGCCAUCUUGUAAAUUAUGAUUUAUUAUGGAUUAAAAACAGAACUAUACAACAAUAAUAAUUGAUUCAAUUAUGUGAGUUUUCUUGUUUCGUCUACAAUGUGUUUGAUUGGUUAAUUCAGUGUACAUUUCGUUGGUGACAGUAUCUUUCUUUGUUUUGAAUACACAUAUACCCAUGUAGGUAUAACAUCUAUUAAUUUCAAUAAUAAUUCUGUGAUUAAUA